UACAUACACUAUAUUGUCAAAAGUAUUGGGACACCUGCCUUUACAUGCACAUGAACUUUAAUGGCAUCCCAGUCUUAGUCCAUAGGAUUCAAUAAUGAGUUGGCCCACCUUUUGCAGCUAUAACAGCUUCAACUCUUCUGGGAAAGCUCAGAAAAUUCAAGCGUGGUAACAUGAUAGGUUUCCACCUGUACAAUAAGUCCAUCCGUGAAAUGUCCUAGCUACUAAAUAUUCCACGGUCAACUGUUAGUGGUAUUAUAACAAAGUGGAAGCAACUGGGAACAACAGCAACUCAGCCACGAAGUGGUAGGCCACAUAAAAUGACAGAGCGGGGUCAGAGCAUGCUGAAGCUCACAGUGUGCAGAAGUCACCAACUGUCUGCAGGGUCAGUAGCAAAAGACCUCCAAACUUCAUGUAGCCUUCAGAUUAGCACAACAACAGUGCAUAGCAAGCUUCAUGGAAUGGGUUUCCAUGGCCGAGCAGCUGCAUCCAAACCUUACAUCACCAAGUGCAAUGCAAAGCAUCGGAUGCAGUGGUGUAAAGCACGCCGCCACACGGGACUCUAG